AUGUCACUCGAAGAACAAACCGCUGUUCAAGUUCUGAGCACUAUCAACACUGCUGCUGGGGCAAACGACCACAUGUUCGAAAAAGGGACUGGAAAGGUAAGCUACUAUCGGAGACAUCGUGAAGCACGACAGGCGUACCAACGUCAGUACAAUCAGAUUCAUCGUGUCGGUAGAAGGAAAUGUGGAAAAGCAGCACGGAAAGCAGCACAGGAUGCGCGUCGGAAAGAGAAAACUAGGAAAAUACAAUAUGUCGAGGACGGCAUCGCAGUCAAAUCCACCGCCGAAGAUCCUGAGAUCACCAGUGAAAUGGAAGCCGCUGAACGCCUAGUCUAUCGAGACUACCUUUACAAAAUUACGAAUCUUGAAGAACAGUAUAAAGAUGAGUGGCUCGAGCGAUACAUGGAUUACUUAGACGAAUGCUUGUUUCGACGUCUCGAGCAAGCCAAGGCUGAAUUACCAACAGCGGAUCCGGGCACUAUACACGGCCAUCGACGCAUCAUUGCUACCUACCAUCAAGAGAUAUUUUUACGCGGCCAGGGCUUCGACGCGUACGCUCAGGCCUGCCACGAUCGCAAGUUGAUUACAGAUGGGCGCGCGGUAAACAAGCGAGAGUUUAAGAGGAUCUAUGGAUUUUAG